ACGUACGGCUGGCCAACACGGCAAGCAAGGGAGUCAAUGGCCCGCUUCUUUCACUAUGUUAGUACAAUGCAACAUAUGGGUGCUCGCUCAGUUGGCAUGCAACAUCAGCGGCAGACGCGUUGGUCAUGACUUUGUCGGAGACUCGGAGUGGCUGUGGCUGUACCGUUGAUCAUCAGUCAGUUUAACAAUUUGUUCCGUCCAUCUUUCCGCCGCACCCUCACGAAGCUGAAUAAACUUUUCUGUUACCAUCCCCAACCACACAGAAAGGGAGAGGAGGGAGAGAGGAAACAUGCAAAGAUUUGGGUUAAUCCCCUGGGCUUUUGCACUCCUGCUCACCUUUCUUGUCGGACGUGUUGCUACGAAAUGCACUUUGAACCCACCUCCACUUUCUGAUGGUAUCAUUAAUGAUCAACAGUUCCAGAUUAGCUGGGACAACUGUACUUCUCCAUACUUGAUCCAGUUUUGGAACCGUAACAGCACUUCGCUUCUAUCAACCUACAACGGCACUGCGACAGCUGUGUAUUUUACCAUUGAAAAUGGCGUGGAUUACGACGUGUACUUCCUUCUUAUAGACGGAGCCGGCGUACAAGUACAGAGCCCAGACUAUAUCGUCAAAGUUUGUCGUGGAACUUCUGUGUCGUGUAUUAGCCAAAUAACAAUCGUCGUCUAUCUUAACUCCCCCCCCCCUUCUGUCUAUUUCCAGCCUAAUCCUAACGAAGCUAGUAUCUCCCAGGCUUCUACCUCGUCCCUGGCUACCAUCAAUUCGAUUCGUUCGGUUUCCAUCCUCAGUUCGGCUUCCGUGCAGUCGGUUUCGUCGUUGUCCAGUGAAUCUUUGCUCUCGCUUUCAUCUUUGGUGUCUCUAACCUCAACCUCGACUACGAGCCCAUCUUCGUCAUUCCCCAGCGAGACAAGUUCCAGCACUACGACUUCAGGUGCCGCGAAACCCUCUAGCGGAAACACGAAUGUCGGGCCGAUUGUUGGGGGUGUCGUUGGUGGACUGUUAGGACUUUCAGUGAUUUCUCUCGCCAUCGUAUGGUUCCUGCGCCACCAUAGGCAAGGGGACUCGGGCGAAUUCAUAGAUCCAUCAGUUUACCCAACAACUGCUAUGGCCCAAACUGGUCCACCUAAGAACUUAUUCGCUGAGGGUUCAAACUUCGAAGAUCCGACCCUAAGCAGAAAUUAUCACGAAGGAGCUCACAAUUAUAACACAGCAGGUGCUGGUGCUGGGGAGGGAACCUAUCAUUAUCCUCCCGAAGGAACCCUUGGUUUAUUCCCGGGCCAGUAUGCGGGUUCGACCCAAUACGGUCCUACACUAUCUCCAUAUCAUCCUGAGGAACGUUUCGGUGGAUCCGAAACUACCUCGACUCUAAUCCCCCGGCCGCUUCCCGGAGACUCAGUGUAUCGAGGUUUACCCCAAGUUUAGCACCAAGCCAUCUUCCAUACCUACGCCCGAAGGUCCCCUAGUACUACUUAGUACGAACGAUGGCAUGGAUUUACAUGGGAUGCUCUAUUUGUUUUGUUGAUUGUCAUGACAAUUGCAUUAUACCCUUGUUGGCUGUUCUCCCUCUUUCCAUAUCCGUUGCUUUCUCUUGCUUUCAUUCGGGCUAAGGGGCCCGUCACUUAUGUAAUACUUAGCUGUAUCGAUCCAAUGUAUUCCCUCCUAGGUGACCAACAGCUGUUGCGACCUUCAGAGCUUUUCAUGAAUUCG